AUGGAGAGAAUUCUUAGGCCAGAGAGGUUAGAAUGUGAGCCGAAUUCAGCCACCGCAGCGAAGGAGUGGACCCACUGGAUCAGGACAUUCGAGAACUUUUUGGCGGUACUCACAACGCCUGGCGAAGGUGAGAUUGAUAAACUUAGCGUACUGACAAAUUUUGUAUCGCCUAUAAUUUAUGAGGCUAUUUCAGAGUGCACCUCAUAUGCUGAAGCCUUGGAGAUUUUGAAGGGGCUGUAUCUUAAGCCAACGAACGAGAUAUUCGCUAGGCACAGACUUGCCACGCGAAAACAAAACGCUGGCGAGACACUUGAUGAGUACCUACAGGCGCUCAAGGUCCUUAGCAAAGAUUGUAACUUUAAAGCUGUAACUGCUGAGCAAGUCCGUAAUGAUUGCAUUAGGGACUCGUUUAUUAGCGGGCUGUACUCACAAAUGAUAAGGCAGCGGUUACUCGAAAACAAAACUCUUGAUUUGCAAACAAUGUUUGACCAAGCUAGGUCACUUGAAACAGCUCAGAAGAAUUCCGAAUCUUACAAUUAUGGCGAACCUAGGCCUAAUACUAGUCCAACCGUGAGUGCAGCCGUAUGUGAGGAUACGCUAGGCCCUGAGCCAUCUCGGCUGACCAGUGCAAAUUUAUCCGCAAAGUGCUAUUUUUGUGGCUACAAUAAGCACCCGCGUUCAAAUUGCCCAGCACGAGAAGAGAGUUGUAGGAAAUGCGGAAAAGUUGGUGACUUCGCUAGGAUGUGUCGAUCUUCAUCAAAUACUAACACUCAAAGAAAGUCUACAGUGUCUGCUCUGUUUGACAACAGACCCUACAUGGCAGCAGCUACAUCAUCCACUAUGUCGUUGUCGAGGUCAAUGACUGAAAUUAAAGUAAAUGGGAAAACGGCGAACUGUUUAGUUGACAGUGGGAGUACUGAUAGCUUUAUUCACCCUUCCUUUGUCAAGAAGCUUAAAUUAACACUAAAACCAGCCCAUUAUCAGUUAACAUGGCUUCGACUUCAUUGUCACAAGAAUCUAUACAAGCGUGCGAAGUUAUGA